AUGGUGAUCACCCUCAAUGACCUUUGUCGUCUGCGCAACAUUUCUGGCCUGCUCGACGAAAAGCCAGACCUUCGAUGUAUAGCAUCAGACAGUCAGCUUUUGCCCCCCAGAAUAUCCAAUUUUGGCACUGCUCUUACAGGUUUUCUACCUCUCAAAUCCAGCUUCUAUGGAGAUUAUGAGAAAAGAGAAGAGCCUACAGACUGGCUCCAAAAAUAUGAAUUAUCUUUUCCCACUUCAGCAGUUGACACUGACAAGCUUAAUCAAUUCGAACUUCAGUGGGCUGCAGCCAGUCCAGCAGAGAGCUGCACAAGUCACAUUAAUGGCUGCACAGAAGAAGGAAUAGCUCAAGCAAAGAAGCUCGCACAAAUAGUGCAAGGAUUCAAUGACAGCCAAUAUCAUCUGCUGGAUGUCAUACUGGAAAACACUCCAGAGGUCCUACAUAACUUUAUGCUGGAUAACUAUGCUACAUGGAUGGACUUCAAGGCUGAUGUUAUGAAAAUCUUGGUGUCACAGCUACUGAGAGAAAAACAAGGUCUUGCUAUGGAGCAAAAACUUUGCGAAGAUGUUGACAAAUUGCAGGACCAAAUAAUACAGCUAUCACUACAAUGGGCCAUCAGCACCAAUCCCUCAAACCUAAGUGACUGCAACCCUACCUGUAUUCCAGUCAUCAGUACAGCCGUCGACUCCCAAAAUUCCCCAGACUCCGCAAACUAUAGAGGAUACCCGCAAAUGCCAACUUGCCAAGGAGGAUCACCAGCAGACCGCAUGCGAACAGCUGCACAGUAUGCCACCAUCUCUCACCACCCCAACUUAGACAUUGGCAAGCAAGCUUACACCCAGCAGAUACCAUAUCCGUCAAAGCCUGGAACUUCGCCCAUCGGAUCACAAGAAUGCUUUAACUGUGGGAUGGUGAUGACACCACCACACCAGGCAUAUGACUGCCCCAAUGAAGUGUUACCCACACAGGAAACCAAGUGGAGAGAGACAGUGUCACAACUGGUGUCUAGAACAUUGACAACACCCACCAUGCCAGGACCAAUGUCCAAUGUUCAGUUCAUUUCGAAUGCUGCAGCAAUGCCAUACGCACCACAGAUAGCACAAGCUCCCUAUUCCCCAUAUUCCUACUUCACAGAGCCAUACAAGUCGUAUAAUGUCAUGGGAAACGAAUACAGACUGCAGCUGUAG